AAACACUGGGUGCUCUCUGUGAGAUUGGGUGCACAUUACAUAACCACCAGGGCUGUUCUGCCAGCAGAGGGAUAUCUUGUGAUUAUUUUGUUAGUAUAAUCAUUCCUAUUCUAACAGCCUAGAAGUACUUGGCACCAGGGUAAACAUGGAGCUCAGAGUGGGGAACAAAUAUAGACUGGGUAGGAAGAUUGGCAGCGGCUCCUUUGGAGACAUCUAUUUGGGUGCAAAUAUUGCCACAGGUGAAGAGGUUGCCAUUAAGCUGGAAUGUGUCAAGACAAAGCACCCACAGUUGCACAUCGAGAGCAAAUUCUACAAGAUGAUGCAGGGUGGAGUGGGGAUACCUUCCAUCAAAUGGUGUGGAGCAGAGGGUGACUACAAUGUCAUGGUAAUGGAGCUCCUGGGUCCAAGCUUGGAAGAUCUCUUUAAUUUCUGCUCUCGCAAGUUUAGCCUAAAGACUGUACUCCUCUUGGCGGAUCAGAUGAUAAGCCGUAUCGAGUACAUCCAUUCCAAGAACUUCAUACACAGAGAUGUAAAACCAGAUAACUUCCUAAUGGGGCUUGGUAAAAAGGGCAACCUAGUCUACAUUAUUGAUUUUGGACUUGCCAAGAAAUACCGUGAUGCUCGAACGCACCAGCACAUCCCUUACAGAGAAAACAAGAACCUGACUGGAACCGCCAGAUAUGCCUCUAUUAAUACCCAUCUGGGGAUAGAGCAAAGUCGGCGUGAUGACUUGGAGAGUCUGGGAUAUGUACUUAUGUACUUUAAUCUGGGUUCUCUGCCCUGGCAAGGUCUCAAGGCUGCAACUAAACGUCAGAAGUAUGAACGCAUCAGCGAGAAGAAAAUGUCUACACCUAUUGAGGUUCUGUGCAAAGGUUACCCCUCCGAGUUCUCCACGUAUUUGAAUUUCUGCCGUUCUCUGCGGUUUGACGACAAGCCAGACUAUUCCUAUCUGAGACAGCUAUUCCGCAACCUCUUCCAUCGGCAAGGCUUCUCCUACGACUAUGUUUUUGACUGGAACAUGCUUAAAUUUGGUGCUGCUCGGAAUCCAGAGGAUUUGGACAGGGAAAGAAGAGAGCAUGACAGAGAAGAAAGAAUGGGACAGCUCAGGGGUUCUGCUACUCGAGCUCUUCCCCCUGGACCUCCUGCAGGUGCAGCCCCCAAUCGCCUAAGAAAUGGUGGAGAACCAGUAGCUUCCACACCAGCAUCAAGAAUUCAGCAGAGUGGGAACACUUCACCACGGGCCAUUUCACGGGUGGACAGAGAACGCAAAGUCAGCAUGAGGUUACAUCGGGGAGCCCCAGCAAAUGUCUCUUCUUCUGAUCUCACAGGAAGGCAAGAAGUGUCACGGAUCUCCGCAUCACAGGCCAGUGUGCCGUUUGACCACCUUGGGAAAUGAGGAUUGCCACUGGACCAAUGUUUGCUUAGUGUCUUCACUGUAUUUCAUUUUCUUUUAAAGACAACAAAUUUUAAUUUUUAAAUGUUUUCCUGCCAAUGAAGAGAGCCAAGGCCAAGGUGCUGGUUCUGGUGAGAAGAUGAAGAACCUGCGUGCUGUGGAGGAGACUUAGCGUCCCCUGAAUAUACUGGCAGUCCAGGACAGUGGAUCAUCUUCCUGCUUUCUACAAACUGAACACUACAUAUAGAUAUAUUCUGUAUAUAUUUUUUUCUUUUAUUUUUUAGCUGAUGUCCCUUAUUUUUCUUCCUCCACAACCCCCCACUCCCCCACAAAAAAAAUCUAGUUUUCUUGACAUGUAAGAUUCUAGCCUGUAUAGUUUGUUUCUUUUGGUGUAACAGAAGGAAGGCUUAGCUUAGGGAGUAGUCCGGCCCUUGGUGACUCUGUGGUCAGCACAGAACUUAGAAACAGCCUGUGUUUUGACCCAUCCACUUUCUUUUGACAAAGGCGAGACGCAUGCAGCUUCCUGCUGAUUUGGCCUUUUUUUUUUUUUUUUUUUUUUUUGGAUAUAAAAAGGUACUGGGGAGGUGAGGUUGGAACCUCAUUGUGCCUCCUUUCCAUGCGGAUCCACAGUGGAGACAGAGCUUGUUUUUAAUAUCUGCUCCUUCCCGAAACUUCUCUGGAAGGUGAAUUUAUGUGGCAAAGGGGCGACUUGCUUCAACAGCUGGUGGUCCUGGCUGUUCUGGCAGUUUUAGUUGUAGGUCAUAAAGUAUUUUAGUAGUAGGUUUAUUGUUGGGUAUGUCCCGCUGUGGCUGCUAGUAGUUUGUGAUUUAAUGCUUUUGAGACUUUAAAAGAAUUAAAAAUGCACACAACUCCUCCCCGUUCCCCCUUCUCCUGUGGUGAUGAGACUGGGGUGUGUAUGGCUGCUUUCUGACUUUCCUAAUGAAGACUGUGAAGGUGCACAAGAUGUUUUAUUAAGGAUUGUAUAUUACACAAGGGGUUAGGAAGGCCCUGCUUGGCGGGAUUCUGAAUGUGUAAGCUACUGUUUCCCUCCAUGUCCUGGACAAUGCCUAUCCUGUACCACUAGAUGGCGCCAUGUAACUACUUCUCUCUUACAGCCUAAAAAAAAACAAAAAAAAACUCAAUAUUUAACAACUGGUUUUUCCUAAUUUAUUUACAGUAUUUUCUUUUCUUUUUUUAUUUGUGGUAUCUUUUAUUACUUUAUAAUUUUAAAUAAAAACUGCAAAAAAUCCAUUUUGGGGGAAAAAAAUGCAACUUUUUGGGGGGUUUUUGUACUUCCUGUGUAAAUAGACUUUUUCAGCUUUAAUGUGUUUGUUAAUUUGAGGUAAUAAAGUAGAAAAUGAUUAAGUGAG